CCCUUCUGAGCAAUGGCGGCGUCAGGGGAACCCGGGAGGCAGUGGCAGGAGGAGGCGGCGGCGCUGGUAGUGGUGGGCUCCUGCAUGACCGACCUAGUCAGCCCUUGGCAACCACCAUUCUACUUUCUAUCACUAUGAAUCUGACUACUUGAAGUAUAUCAUUCUUACUUCUCGUUUACCAAAAACUGGAGAAACCAUCCAUGGACAUAAGUUUUUUAUUGGUUUUGGAGGGAAAGGUGCCAACCAGUGUGUCCAAGCUACUAGACUUGGAGCAAAGACAUCCAUGGUGUGCAAGGUUGGCAAAGAUUCUUUUGGCAAUGACUAUAUAGAAAACUUAAAACAGAAUGGUAUUUCUACAGAAUUCACAUAUCAGACUGAAAAUGCUGCUACAGGAACUGCUUCUGUAAUUGUCAAUAAUGAAGGCCAGAAUAUCAUCAUCAUAGUGGCUGGAGCAAAUUUACUUUUGAAUUCUGAAGACCUAAGGGAAGCAGCCAGUGUCAUUAGCAGAGCCAAAGUAAUGAUCUGCCAACUAGAAAUAACUCCAGCAACUUCUUUGGAAGCCCUGAAAAUAGCCCGCAGCAAUGGAGUGAAAACAUUGUUCAACCCAGCUCCUGCCAUUGCUGACCUGGAUCCUCAGUUCUACACCCUCUCAGAUGUGUUCUGUUGCAAUGAAAGUGAGGCUGAGAUUUUAACCGGCCUCAUGGUGGGCAGCGCUGCGGAUGCUGGAGAGGCUGCAUCAGUGCUCCUGGAAAGGGGCUGCCAGGUGGUAAUCAUCACCUUAGGAGCUGAAGGAUGUGUGAUGCUCUCACAGACAGAACCUGUCCCCAAGCACAUUCCCACAGAGAAAGUCAAGGCUGUGGAUACCACGGGUGCUGGUGACAGCUUCGUGGGAGCUUUGGCCUUCUACCUGGCUUACUACCCCAAUCUGCCAAUGGAAGAAAUGCUCAAGAGAUCCAAUUUCAUUGCAGCAGUCAGUGUCCAGGCUACAGGAACACAGUCAUCUUAUCCAUACAAAAAAGACCUUCCAGUUUCUCUGUUUUGACUGCUAUUAGCCCCAAAAUUAGACUUGGUACUUGGGAGUGGCCAUUCCUGGCUAACACUAGAAAAUGUCCUCUUCUCCUUUCUUUGCAGAUUUUGUUCAUUUACUUAAAGUCA